AGAGCCAGUCCCAUGUGUGACAGACUCAUGGUCACAGGGAUCUGUUCCAGUCCAAAGAUGCGAGUCCAGACCUUUGUCAGCCAGAUCCGAGUCCAGAACUCUUACGCAAAGCUACUCAGAAACGGAUUCACUUGAAAUCUCACCAAGGUUUGCAACAUACCUGUAGAUUUUAUUUUUGUGGAAGUAGCCAGUCUUUAAAUGAAGCUAGGCUAUGCCACAUUCUCGUAUCCAGAGCCCGUCUUACACGCGGUCAAGAGAGCAUGACGAGGGUUGAGGGGUACGUCGAGAAUGGGUUGCGCAACGAAGACAUCCCGACAAAGAUAAGGAGCUGGACAUAGUCAUAGACAAGUCAUUCUCACAACGAUACGCACACGUCACGUCUGGGUGUACAAAUAGUUCAUCUUGACGUUUAUUAUAUACUGUCACACAGAAUAAUUUAUUAAUGGCCGAACUAUCUUUUCUUUGCUCAAGUUCAUCCAGACGGAUCAUCUGUCUCUAGUAUAAAUCUGGUCAAUUUUCUCUUAUUCAGAACCGAAGUCGAGGAAGCAGAUGAAACCAAGAACGAAGACGAACCAUCAGCAGAGCAGGGUGAAACAACACAAACAAGUUGUGAACUAGAUUUGUCUAUUUCCAUGGAUGUCGUCCCCUCACCUCCGCCCACUUCUAGGGUAUGAUAUUUUGUGACGAUUUGGGGCAUCUACAACACUUGAUAUAACUAAUUGUAGAAGAUUUUUGUAGAUGAAAAUUUCGAGUGUGUAUGAAUAGACAAUUCCCAUUAUAGACUAAUUUUAAAACUAACCAAGUGAGCUACAGUUUACUGAGUAUGUUAUAUUUUAUUUAGGUCGUAUCUCCUGGUAGAAGAAAACAUGUUGUGAAAACCACAGGAAAGAAGACAAAACAAACAAAUAAGAAAAAAAUGGAUCAAAAUGAAAAUCAAGGAGAUCUGAAUGUUGAAGAUACAGUUGACCCUGGUCAAGUGAAGACAGCAACGAGACCAGUGCAUCAGGUAAUUAUGUUCGACUAGUUGUAAUGUUGAAAUAAAUUUACUCACUGAACAAACAUAUUUUAACUAACGAACUAUUCAGAGAAACUCACUGGAAUAGUUCGAUUCAUACUGGCAAUGGUUCGAACAAACUUAAUGCUGUAUUUGUACACGUAGACAGAUCCAUCUCUAAUUUGCUGUUUUUCAGAUUCGAACAAGUCGAGCUCCACCGGGUGAACAAGAGGUGACCUACGAUGAACACGGGAACAUUGUGGCUAUGAUGAGGAUAAGUGUGGAUCAACUGCCUACACACAGGUAUAAUAGUCCAAAGCCCAUGAUUCGAUUCCUACGAUAUGUAGUUGUCUGAAUGAAUAGAAUUUCACCUCAGUCAAAUGUGAGAAGAGUGCUGCCAUUUUGACUCUACCAAACACCACAGGUUAUUUCUGAGUACUCUGGUUUACCCUUGAUAAAUAAGCGAUGGUCUUUACUGAACUUCUAGGGAGAACUGAUUUAGAACUGACAAGAGCCAUCCAGUAUAAAUGAAGUUAGUUUAUAAAUUUAGGUUUUCUCCUGUAGUAACGGAACUAUCCUAGUUUAUAAACCAAUUGUUCCUUUUCAAGAAUACGAUCACGCUAUGAUAUACUGGACUCACCAACAGAUCACUUGCACACAUUGUCCACCCAUCAACUUCGCAAAACAACGAAAAAAGAUGGAGCUUUGAGUCACUUGAGAAGUAGAACAGGACAGUCCUUUGUAGCAGACACAAAGAAAACAAGAGAGAAACCGACGUUUAAAAGUCCAGCCAUGAAGUCCAGUAUCUCGUUAGAAAUCCAAAGCAAGGAUGCUGAAAUAGUAAAACCAUUGCCGCCCCCAUUGGUAAGCAUUUGGUAACACAUUUUUAUUAAACGCAGAACAUGUGACAGUUCUUGCCACAGGCUUAGUACAGAGUUGUUCUGGGGGAUUGGCAGCACUAGCAGAGUGGUUAACUCAACGUAUAUCUUAUUUCUCAGGCAGACUCCAUGGAUAUCUCGGCUGGUGUGGUGGUUCGAGAAGGUCAACUGAUACGCAAAGGUCCCGAUUUGGUAAGUAUUAUGAAAGCUUUGCUGGCUGACCCAGGUUCGUUUAGGUUUCCGCUUGCAACAACACUGGAUCAAUAUGAGAUGAUCCUUACCUGGACCUCUAGGAAGAACAGUUUAGAACUGAUAGAGGUAUACAGUAUGAAUAAGUUUAGUUUAGGUUUCCUCUUGCAACAACACUGGAUCAAUAAGUGAUGAUCCUUACUGGACCUCCAGGAAGAACAGUUUAGAACUGAUAGAGGUAUACAGUAUAAAUAACUUUGGUUUAGUUUAGGUUUCCUCCUGUAACAAUACUGGAUAAAUAAGAGAUGAUCCUUACUGGAUCUCUAGGAAGAACAGUUUAGAACUGACAGAGCUAUCCAGUAUAAAUAAAGUUAGUUUAUUUUAGGUUUCCUCCUGCAACAACACUGGAGAAAUAAGUCCCUUACUGGACCUCUACAAUAUAAAAAUCAAAAUAAUUUUUUUUCAUCCAGUUUUCUGGCGGCCGUCAAAAAUCUCAAACAGACAUACUCAAUCUUCAACCUGUUGGAUCACUUGGAAAGAGACAGACUAUCUCAGUGUCUGAUGUCAUAGGUAAUACGUCACCAGUCAUACGACAGAUGCGUCUACCCGAGCCCAUUCCCCCAAUCGCGCAUCGUAGCUGAGAACAUAUGAAACAGUCGAGUGUUGCAUGUAGUUCGUACUGCAGAUACUUGUUGAUGUAUAAAUAAAGUGUAUUUACCCCGCACAUAAAAGUUUUUUUAUAAAUAUUAGUUUUAAAAAGUCUAAAACUUUACCUUUUACAGUAAUAUAAAUAAAGUUUAACACAUAAGUUAAUAUAUCACGUAUUUUUCGUAAAAUAUGAGUAACCACGUAUGCAUUCAGAACUGUAGGGUAAAUAUGUGGUAGUUUGCCGGAUCAACCGCGAACGAUCGUCCCCGCCACACGACAGCAGCAGCGUUUGGAUACUUCUGUGCGGUAGCAACUGUACUUUCCAAUAGCAACUUUUUCCUAUUUUGCUUUGAGGGUCGCGCUACACCCUACCACCCUACCCCACCUUCCCGUCCGACGGGCCUAAACGGCCAUCAAGUUUCAAAUCAAAAACCGUUCGUCCACCAAAGUUUUCUUGGCCAAAUUUUUCUUGCCGAGAAUCUCUCUGAUCGACUUAACAACACGACUUUGAAGGUAGGUUAACACUCCCGCUAGAACGAAGUUCAGUGCGGCGUAGUCCACUAUGGCAAAGAACAGCACCUCCCAGAGAAGUAGCGUCCAUUCGUGUCCAAAGAAAAACACGUUAGUAAACGAUCGAGUAUCGUCGUUGUACAACACAGCUUUUUCUUGCGGGAGUUCGCCAAGUUCCAAAUCCAAAAUUCUUUCAACAAGAAGCUUGUUCUUCACGGCGUAAUCGUCGUCUCGCAGCGAAUGGUCGAUAAAGGCUGAUAGGAAUUUGUUAACUGAGCUGGAUGCUUCGAUGGUUUGUCGCACGGCGACUGAGAGAUUCACCCCUGUUGUCUGACCU